AUGGGUUCGAUUCAAGUUUCCAGCGACGCGGCGCUUCAGGCUGCCCAAUUAUUCAACGUUGAUGGCAUGGUGGCCGCCGUGACCGGCGGUGGCACAGGCAUCGGGCUGAUGAUGGCCAGGGCCCUGGCUGAGAACGGGGCCACUGUAUACAUCCUCGGCCGUCGCGCAGAGGUCCUGGAGGCAGCUACCAAGUCUAUAGGAAAGCCCACUGUCAAGACGAUCGUCUGCGAUGUGACCUCAAAGGACAGCCUGAAGGCCGCCGCUGACACGGUGCAGCGAGACGUAGGAUACUUGAACUUGCUAGUAUGCAACUCUGGCAUCGGCGGUCCUCAGACGCCGCGGCCAACCAUGGAGUCCAGUAUCACCCUGGAGGAGUUUGCCAACACGAAUUGGGAUGUCCCUAUGGAGGACUACACCAAUACAUUCGCGGUCAACACCUCGGCUGUCUGGUACACGACCAUGGCGUUCCUCACGUUGCUGGACGCUGGCAAUAAGAAGGGCAACCUCUUCCAGAAGUCGCAAGUCAUUGCCACCAGCUCCAUCGGGGGUUUCAACAAGGUGAACACGGGUGGCUUCGCUUACGGGCAAUCAAAAGCUGCGUGCACGCACUUGAUAAAGCAUCUAGCAGUUGCAUUGCCCAAGUGGGAUAUCCGGGCCAACGUCAUCUGCCCUGGGUUGUACCCAAGCGAGAUGUCGGCGCCCAUCAUCGAGCGGGGAGGCGGUGUCGGGAAGGACAUGGUGCCGCUGGGCAGAGCCGGCGACGCUGCCGACAUGGGCGGUGCGCUUCUCUACUUGGCAUCGCGAGCAGGUGCUUACUGUAAUGGGGCAGUCAUCGUCUCCGAUGGCGGCAGGUUGGGAACGUUCCCGUCUACGUUCUAG